AUGAAGUUCCUCCUGCUACUGCUGGCUCUUUCUCUGCCCCCUGGGACAAAGGCAGGCGAGAUCAUCGGGGGACAUGAAGCCAAGCCCCACUCACGUCCCUACAUGGCUUAUCUUCAGAUCAUGGAUCGGGAUACUCUGAAGAGGUGUGGUGGGUUCCUCAUAAGAGAGGACUUUGUGCUGACGGCUGCUCACUGUUCAGGGAGCUCAAUAAAUGUAACCUUGGGGGCGCACAACAUCAAAGAAAAGGAGGAGACCCAGCAGAUCAUCCCUGUGGCAAAGGCCAUUCCACACCCUGACUAUAAUUCUAAGAAGAUCCUCAAUGAUAUCAUGCUGUUAAAGCUGAAGAGGAAGGCCAAGAGGACUAAAGCUGUGAGGCCCCUCAAUCUGCCCAGGCGAGGGGUCCACGUGAAGCCAGGGGACAUGUGCUAUGUGGCUGGCUGGGGAAAGAUGGCUGUAAAUGGCAACUUUGCAAAUGCACUACAAGAGGUGGAACUAAUAGUGCAGAAGGAUCAGGAGUGUGAGUCGUAUUUACAAGAUUAUUACAACAAAGCUGUUGAGAUAUGUGCGGGGGACCCAACGAUCAAGCGUGCUUCCUUUUCAGGGGAUUCUGGAGGACCUCUCGUGUGCAAGAAAGUGGCUGCAGGCAUCGUAUCCUUUGGAAAAAAUGAUAGUUCAACACCAAGAGCCUUCACGAGAGUGUCAAGUUUCUUAUCAUGGAUAAAGAAAACUAUGAAACGCAACAAACAACAGAGCAAAACAGACUCCUCCCUGACUCACCGUCUUCCCUAG